CGUAGAUCGGAUUCUGUGAAUCAUGGACCGGAAGUGACUGCGUCGGGGCGGCUGCCUUUCCUGAAAUACGAAGUACAGCCGCUCCCCUAUGGUAUUCAGUAAACCAACAGAAGUCUAAGAGCAUGGAGGCAGUGCGCCCUCCCCCGACGGCGGGGAAGUUUGUGGUGGUCGGCGGCGGCAUCGCGGGAGUCACCUGUGCGGAGCAGUUGGCUGUUCACUUUCCAUCAGAAGAUAUUCUCCUGGUAACAGCUUCUCCUGUUAUUAAAGCAGUCACAAAUUUCAAGCAGGUUUCUAAAAUAUUAGAAGAAUUUGAUGUUGAAGAACAACCUAGUACCCUGUUAGAAAACCGGUUUCCCAACAUUAAGGUUAUAGAAUCUGGAGUAAAGCAACUGAAGAGUGAAGAGCACUGCAUCUUAACAGAAGAUGGUAACCAGCACGUAUAUAAGAAGCUCUGCCUGUGUGCUGGAGCUAAACCAAAAUUGAUAUGUGAAGGAAAUCCUUAUGUAUUAGGAAUCCGUGAUACAGACAGUGCUCAGGAAUUUCAGAAACAGCUCACUAAAGCUAAGAGAAUAAUGGUCAUAGGGAACGGUGGUAUUGCACUGGAGUUAGUGUAUGAAGUUGAAGGCUGUGAAGUGAUUUGGGCUGUAAAAGAUAAGAAUAUUGGAAAUACAUUCUUCGAUGCAGGAGCAGCAGAAUUUUUUACUUCAAAGCUCAUUACUGAAAAAUCAGAGGCUCAUGUUGCACAUAAGAGAACCAGGUACACAACUGAAGGAAAGAGAAAGGAAGCAAAAACCAAAGCUAAGGCUAGUAAUGUAGGCAGUGCCUUGGGACCUGAUUGGCAUGAAGGCUUGAAUCUUAAAGGAACAAAAGAGUUUUCUCAUAAGAUUCACAUUGAAACCAUGUGUGAAGUAAAGAAAAUCUACCUUCAGGAAGAAUUUACAAUUUUGAAAAAAGAGUCCUUGAUUUUUCCAAGAGACCAUCAUAAUAAGUUGGUUAAAACAACCGAUAAAGAGAUGUGGCCAGUAUAUGUGGAAUUGACCAAUGAAAAGAUAUAUGGCUGUGAUUUCAUUGUCAGUGCUACAGGAGUUACACCAAAUAUAGAACCUUUUGUCCAUGGCAACAAUUUUAAUCUAGCACAAGAUGGUGGCCUGGAAGUGGAUGAUCAUAUGCACACGUCGCUUCCUGAUAUCUAUGCCGCAGGUGAUAUCUGCACUGCAUCUUGGCACCCAAGCCCGGUCUGGCAGCAGAUGAGGCUGUGGACCCAGGCAAGACAGAUGGGAUGGUAUGCAGCCAAGUGCAUGGCUGCAGAUAGUUUAGGAGACUCUAUUGACAUGGAUUUCAGCUUUGAACUUUUUGCUCAUGUAACAAAAUUUUUUAACUAUAAGGUUGUAUUACUGGGAAAGUACAAUGCGCAGGGUUUAGGUUCAGAUCAUGAAUUAAUGCUGAGAUGUACCAAAGGACAAGAAUACGUCAAAGUCGUCAUGCAGAAUGGACGGGUGAUGGGAGCAGUCUUAAUUGGUGAGACUGAUUUGGAAGAAACAUUUGAAAACCUAAUUCUAAAUCAGAUGAAUCUUUCAUCAUAUGGAGAAGAUCUGCUAGAUCCAGAUAUUGAUAUAGAAGAUUAUUUUGACUAAAACAGGCAUUUCAAGAACCACAUGAACUUCCAAAUAAGAAAGAAAUUCCAAGCCAGUAAAUUGAAUGACUGUAAUGAUUUAAUGAUGAGUACACUGAGGUUAAUUCAGAAGUGAUAAUGAUUUUAGUGGACAAAUACAGGAAAAUAAAUGUCUAAGGACAAAAUCAAGUAUUUAUGUGUAUUUUUUUAACAUAAAAUUGACCACUUACUGUAUGAGAAAUCUUAUAUUACUCAUUUCUGUGUUUUAAACUGAAACAUGUCAUUUGUGAUUUAGAUUUGCAGCAAAUUGGUGCUUAUCUGCUUAGCCAGAAUGUAUUGUAGUAGACUAGAGUCAUUCUCUGUUGAAGAUUUUGAGAUAUCAAAAUAGGACUGUGGUUUUAAAAACUUAAAUAGUUUUAUUCUACUCAAAUAGAGAUUGUAGCAAUAUCUUAUUCUUUAAUUCUGUAUUGAUUAUUCCUUUACUGUUUGGAUUCUACAGCUGUUUUUAUAACCUGAAAUCAUCCACAUUACUCAGCUUAAAAGUAUCACUUCAAGUGAUAAAACAU